GUGUGUUUACUUGCAAGUGUCUGCUAGUCGGUGUCGUUUCACUGGAGACUCAAAGUGCGGAGGAAAAGAGGACUAUGUGCGCCGUGCAGCUGCUGAGGGUGUCGGUUCAUGAGCGGAUCAGCGCCGCCGCCGAAGACUUUCUGCUGCGGCUGAAGGACGACGAAGAACCGGCGCAGAUCCCGGAGCUGAGGGCGAUGCUGACCGAGCGGCUAACGGCGGCUGCGGAGGAGAUAAUAGCACUGUUUGCGGAAACCGUAGCGGAGUAUGAAGGCAGAGUGGAGCAGUCAGAGCGGGAGAUCUGCCGCCAGAGGAGGCUGCUGGAGGCCGUGCUGAUGCCCCAAGUCCGGCUGCACAGAGCAGACCCUCCUCCCCCGCCUCCUCUGGUUGACCUUCCAGACCUGAACCUGAACCUUUCACAUCUGAAGCCAAUAGAAGUCGAUCCAGAUGACAGUGUCGCCUCCUGUCCGAGUCCUGGCUCCGCCUCUCCCAGCAGCUGCCCAGACGAAUUCAGCGACGGUGAACAGGACAGCGACUGGAGCCGAGCGCAAAGCACACCGGUGCAGAGGAAGAGGAAGAAGAGAGGACGACUGCCUGGCGACACAGCCAAUCAGAGCAGCUUCUGGUGUCAGGUGUGCGGUCGCUCUCUGCAGGGAAAAGGCUUCCUCCUCAAACAUGUGCUACAGGUCUGUAGCAAAGACCCGGACUGCCGCUGCGGGUUCUGCGGUGAGCGCCUGGACUCAUUGGAAGAUCUGACGGCUCACCUGCAGAACCACCGUCAGAACAGUAAGACCUGCUCGUUCUGCGGGAAGACGUUCCAGUCAAUUCUGGCUCAGGAGCUGCAUGUCCGUCUGCACACAGGAGAGAAGCCCUUCAGCUGUGACGUCUGCGGGAAGAAGUUCAGCCAGAAGGGAAACAUGACGUCGCACAUGCGCGUACAUGUUGCCAACAAGCCCUUCAGCUGUAAAGAGUGCAACCGUGCCUUCUGUCACAUGACAUCACUAGAGCGACACAUGCAGGAGCAUCGCAGUGAUGUAACGCAUACCUGUACCGUGUGCGGUCAGGAGUUCAGGAAGAAGAAUGGUCUACGGCGUCACAUGACCAGUGAGCACCAAGACACUGUCAAACGGAAGAGGUACCGCAGCGCUGAUCUGUCCUAUCACUGCAGAGUGUGUGGUGAGACAUUCGACAGGAAGACAUACCUGGUGAAACACGUAGUGAGUCACCGCGGAGACACGGAUGGACGCUGUGGAUUGUGUGGUGUGCAGAAUGAGUCUGCCGAGGGCCUCGCCGCUCACCUGCGCUCCCACCGUGAGAUCAGCCACACCUGCCACAUCUGUGGAAAGAGUUUCCCCGCCCACGCUGCACUGGACAUGCACAUGAGGAUCCACACAGGAGAGAAGCCCUACAGCUGCCACUUCUGUGGGAAAAGCUUCAACCAGAGCGGAAACCUGAAAACACACCUGAAAAUCCACACAGGUGAGCGGGCCUUCUCCUGCAGCAUCUGUGGAAAAGGUUUCACACAGAAACAGACUCUGGACACUCAUGUCCGAUUCCACAACAAGGAACGCCGCUUCCUGUGUCAGGUGUGUGGAAAAGGUUUCAUGCAGGAUGUGGACCUGAAGAGACACAUCCUGAUCCACACUGGGGAGAAGCCCUACACCUGCAGCGUCUGUGGGAAGAGCUUCCAGGCCCGACGCUCGCUUAACGGACACAUCAAAAUCCAUCAAAAUGGGCCCGUGCCUGAUAUGAACCUCAAAGUCCACCACACGGGGACUGGACUGGACCUGCAGUCGACCAACAACUUCCACCCAGGGUUCAUCCAGCUGUAGACAGAGGGGCGGGACCAUGGGGCUGAGGGCGGGGUCAGGGUGGAGUUUAUUUGUAGCGUUCUACAUGUGGUUAUUCUGGAGCUUUUCCAUCACAUGGCCCAAUAAGUGACUCAUCAGAAGUUGAUUUGAGCAUCAGUGUGGAUUUUUCAGUCAGUUUGAACUGAGUUGGUGCUAUGUGGUGGAGAGGCAGGACAGUGUGGAGUAGAGAUGUACGAGUCCUGAAUGAAUUGUUCAAAACUACCGAGUCGUGAGUCAUGAUUCCUUGUCUCUAUUAACUGAUUCACUUGACUUGUCCCUGUUAUUGCUAGCACUGCAAAGAAGAGACCUGAUGACAUGUUACUAUUGCACAACUGCUAUUUUAAGUGCAUUUGUAUAAAUAUAUCAAGUUAACCAUAGUAAUAGCCCUGUGAGAAAAGCAACAGUUCUGCUGUCUUUCAUCUCAAUUCCCCCUUUCCGUUCUUGUUAUGAGCCUUGAAUGAAUCAGCCACUCAGUAGCUCACUUCCAGCCCAGCAGCAGCAUAUUUGCACUUGCUGACUGCUUGGAGAUACGUUAUAUUUGUCUUGCAAAGGUAAUCAGUAGUUUUAGCAUAUGAAUCAGUGAUGACUCCGAGUGGGCGGAGCUUCUGUGUGCAUAUGCACUUCCACACACUCUGGGUGACUGACUCAGUGACUCCAACGACUCAAAAACCUGAUUCUCUUUGGUGAUUGACUCUUAGACUCGAGUCAGUAAAAAUAAUCGACUUUCCCAUCACUAGUGUGUAGACCUGGUUCAGACCACAUGUUGAACCUCAGAACUAAGGGCGCUUUUUUUACUCCGUUUUUAUUAUCGGUCAAAAUAAGAAACCGGAUUGAAUAAAAAUAUCCGAAGAUGUUAUUGCUUGUGUUUGUGAUUCUGCUGCUUGACUCAGAAAAGAAUAAAACAUCGCAGUAUUAAAUGAAAAGUUCUCAUGCUCA